UUUUCAUCUUAAGUUUAUUGCUACUAUCGGGCUAAUAUACGACGCUUGUUCUAUAUUAACUCGGUAGUAAGUUUUAUUAAUGAACGCGUCUCGUUAUUAAUAACUACCCUCGAUGAACUGGAUAUACUCCUCGAUUGAGUAUUCGAGAGGAAGAUAGUUAAAGAUAUAACCGGGAUCGACGAACAUUUCAUUAAGUGGAUAAAAGCAAAACCAAGUCCUCAUCUCUAUAAAUUAAACUCAUGUAAGUCGUUCAUCUUAGUGUUAAUUAAAUUAAAUCAAAUCAAACUUAAAACCCCCUUGUUACUAUUCAUAUAAAAGAAAAAUAUUCCUUUCCCUGUGGAUACGAACCUUACUUCACUAUACUACGUAUUAGUGUUGUAUUGAUUAAUUAUUUUGAGUGCAUUUCACGACAAAGUGCACGUCAGGGGCCUCGGUUACACAAAUUGUUACUUCUAAAUUGAUGGUUGUUGAAGAUUAUUUGUCAUGGCGCACUCAGUUUGAAUCCUUUGUGGUAGCUAAUGGUCUUUUGGGCUUCCUUGAUGGAUCUCUACCUGCCCCGCCAAUGUAUACGUAUGAUUUAUAUCAGGCUCAGUCCCCAAAUCUUGAGUAUUAUCAUUGGCUCAAAUUAGAUCAAGCGGUGCGUGCGUGGAUCUUUGCAACUCUCUCCCGCGAUAUCUUGAUGGAGGUACAUUCCUUGAAAAAUUCUUUGGCAAUCUGGCAAUGUUUGGAGUCCCGAUUUAUGGCAGCCAGUCUUGCACGCUCCAUGGAAUUAAAACAAAUGCUUACACGCACUCGGAAGAAGGACAAUCAGUCCAUGGAGGACUACAUUCGUGGGAUUCAAAAUAUUGCUGAGAAUUUAGCUGCAAUUAACUCUCCGGUCUCUAACGCCGAUCUUAUUGAACAAACCCUUAUAGGAUUGGGACCGGGUUAUGAGUCGCUAGUGGGGCCCCUUUCCUUAUUUCCAGAAGGCCUCACGUUUGACUCCUUAAGCACAAAGUUAGUCCAUCAAGAUGCCCCUCUCCGCUAUCAACAAUCCUUGAAGAAUUCAGUUCAUGCCCCUGCGUUUGCUGCGUCCAAUUCGGCAGGAGGGGGUGCGGCUUCCUCUUCUUCUUCUGGCAACCCGCAGCAGAACCCAGGACGCGGAGGGCGUGGCGGACGCUUUGGCGGUCGUGGACGAGGGCGCGGCAGAGGUCGAAAUCAGCAGGCCUAUGCGUAUGGACAGCCUCCUGCGUACGACAAUCCAGGCCAGCCGCAACUCCAGCAGCCACAGUCCGGUCGGGGAACCAAUCAGCUUCAUUAGUGAGGACCGGGUACAGUUAUUUGUAAUUCAGUUCAGUCAUCGUUUUAUACUCCGGCUCCCUAUACUUCUUGUACUAACUAUGCUUCUGCAGGAUCUCCGUAUUUUGAUAAUAGUUUUGGUUCAGUUCCUCCACCUGUUGUGUGUCAGAUAUGUCAUUCUCGAGGUCAUUCAGCUGUUGCAUGUCCCUCUCGUUUUGUUCAGGCUCAGGCUCCUGCCUUGGUUGUCUCUACAGGUGAAUCCACUCCAGCUGUCUGGUAUCCUGACUCGGGUGCUUCUGCUCACAUGACCUCAAAUGAAGGAUUUGGGGGAUUUACACUUUUUUCUAGGUGUCCAAGCUGUUCGAACCUCCUCAGGUUUGUUCCUGUCUCAACAAAAGUAUGUGUCUGAUCUAUUAACCUGGUUUCAUCUUCACACCAUUAAACCUGUUCGUGCUCCGCUACCUACUCGAACUAAGCUAUCUCUCACUGAUGGUGAUCUUCUCGCAGAUCCUACGGAGUACAGAAGUAUGGUAGGUGCUUUGCAUUAUUUGACCAUGACUAGACCGGAUAUUACAUUUGGUGUUCACCUGGUUUCCCAGUUUAUGCAGGCACCUCGUACUUCACAUAUUUUGGCUGUUAAGCGUAUUUUCAGGUAUCUUCAGGGAACUCCGGACCAUGGUUUGCUCCUGCAGCCGAGCACUUCUUCUCCUAUUUUACAGGCGUAUUCAGAUGCAGACUGGGCUGGCUGUCUUGACGGUAGUAGAUCCACUUCAGGCUUUACUAUUUUUCUGGGCCCUAAUUUAAUUUCAUGGAAAUCCAAGAAGCAACCAACCGUCUCUCGUUCUUCCACAGAAGCAGAAUACGGGGCUAUUGCUUACACAGUUCAAGACACUCUCCACAUCCGGUCUAUAUUGUUUGAAUUAGGCGUACCUAUUUGCCAGCCUGUUCGGUUAUUGUGUGAUAAAAUUUCAGCCUCUUAUUUAUCCACAAAUCCUAUUAAGCAUGCUCGGAGCAAACACAUCAGCAUUGAUUAUCACUUUGUUCGUGAGAGAGUUUCACAUGGAGAUCUGGUUGUUCGCUAUGUUCCCACACAGUUCCAGCUCGCAGACAUUUUUACCAAAAGUUUAUCUCCGCAGCGCUUCAUUUUUCUUAGAGACAAUCUGCGCAUUGUUUCCCUUGCACAGCUUGAGGGGGUGUAAUAGAGUAAUUAAUAUUCAUUAAUUAGGUUUCCAUAUUUCUUAUGUUUCCUAAUGUACUCAGAACUCUAUUUAUUAUAUAUAUGACAUCUAGGGCUCCCAAUUGGGUAAGCCAUUCCAUUA